UUUUCUUGCCUCCUUUUUAUUAUCUUAAACAGCCGUUACCAAAUGAAUAGAGUGACACGAUCAAGUAGCCGUACUGUAACUAAAUCACCUUAUUUUAAAAAAGAAACAGCAGUAGAGGGGAUUGAGGAAAAGAAAAGGACAGUCACUAAAAAAAAGACAACCAAAAGAAAGACUGCAACAACAACAACAGUGGUAACAGCAGAUACUGCGGAUGCGCUCACGAAACUGGUGCCUGAUCUGCUGGAUUUUGACCUAAAAGUCCUGUUUGUAGGCAUCAAUCCCGGGAUCAUGAGUGGGUCGAGGGGACACCAUUAUGCAGGCCCUACCAAUCAUUUCUGGCCCUGUUUGUCUGAAAGUGGCCUCGUGGGCAUCGACAACAAGGUAACUUAUGCAGACGAUAUCCAUAUGCCCGCUCGUUAUCGUUUAGGAUUUACCAACUUGACAGCAAGAACAACACGUCGAGCUUCCGAUCUAACGCUUAAAGAGCAACAAGAAGGAAUACCCGUUCUGAAUGAGAAAUUGGAGAAAUAUCGACCCAGAGUCGCUUGUUUUGUGGGGAAAGGCAUCUAUGAGAUUUAUUCAAACCAAAAGUGCAAAGUGAUGGGAUUACAGCAUGGCCGAUCUAUACCAUGGCCGACGGGAGAUGGCGAAACCAUAUUUUACGUUAUGCCCAGUACAAGUGGCAUCGUAUCUGCUUACCAACGGCCGCAAAGGAUCCAAUUCUUUCAAGAUUUGUAUCAAGUCACUCAGCAACAAGAUAAAUUAUAUCCUCCAUUGAAGCAAGAAGUGAAGCAAGAAGCCAAAGAAUCAACUCUCCUCUCUUAGUCCAUUUUAUUUUCUCACAUGUAUCAUCAUUUGUGCCUGCUAUACGCUUUCCUUACUCUCAUUUGUAUAGAUUCAUAAAACCUUUUAGAGUCGAAAUGAUUCCAUUUUGUAAACCAUGUAAAAUAAGUUCAAAUUAUAUCUGACAGUACGAACCCAUCCACAUCGUCAAAUAUUUCUUUCAUCUCGUUGUCCGGGCAUUUUAAACAGUUGAACUAGUUGACUAGGAAUAUCAAUAAAAAGCAAAACUAGCACUCAUUUUCGCAUCGGAGCGCACAUGAUAAAAGCCUUAUUUCGAAGUUCCUAAUUGCUAGAUACUCACUGUUGUCCUCUUCA